AUGACUGACACUUCAAAGAAAGCCGAUGCAGCUGACCUGCUAGCGUCUUUGAACAUAGAAUCGAAGAAGGACCAAGCUCCCGACGCUAAGACCGUUGAGCAAAAAGAGCAAAGCGCUCCUGAAGAGCAGGGCGUUCCUAAAGAUGAGACUGCUGACCAGAAAAAGAAAGAGCAAGACUCGAACUUGGUUAAGUCUGAGUACGAAGUCAAAGUCAAGCUGGCCGACCUGCAGGGUGAUCCAAACUCUCCUCUGUACAGUAUCAAAUCUUUCGAGGAGCUAGGUUUGGCGCCAGAGCUUCUCAAGGGGCUUUACGCCAUGAAGUUCCAGAAACCUUCCAAGAUUCAGGAGAGAGCCCUUCCUUUGCUGCUUCAUAACCCACCUAGAAACAUGAUUGCGCAGUCCCAGUCGGGCACAGGCAAAACUGCUGCCUUCUCUCUCACAAUGCUGUCACGCGUCGACCCAGCAGUGCCCCAAACGCAGGCAAUUUGCUUGGCUCCUGCAAGAGAACUUGCCAGACAGACGUUGGAAGUUAUCCAGGAAAUGGGAAAGUUUACUAAGAUCUCCUCUCAGCUUAUUGUCCCAGACUCUUUCGAGAAAAACAAGCCUGUCAACGCGCAGAUCGUAGUGGGUACACCCGGAACUGUUUUAGACCUGAUGCGCCGGAAAAUGAUCCAGCUAGGCCAGGUCAAGGUGUUUGUGCUCGACGAAGCAGACAACAUGUUGGAUAAACAGGGGCUCGGAGACCAAUGUCUGCGAGUCAAGAAGUUCCUGCCCAAGUCAGCGCAAUUGGUGCUUUUCUCAGCGACGUUCGACGAUGGUGUGAGGAACUACGCACGCAAAGUGGUGCCAGAUGCCAACUCGCUGGAGCUGCAAAGAAACGAAGUUAAUGUUGCAGCUAUCAAACAGCUGUUCAUGGACUGUACUGAUGAGAACAACAAGUUCGAGGUGCUGACGGAGUUGUAUGGACUGUUAACCAUUGGUUCCUCCAUUAUUUUCGUGCAGACUAAGCAGACGGCCAAUGUCCUGUAUGCCAAGCUGAAACAGGCGGGCCACCAAGUCUCUAUCUUGCACGGUGACCUGCAAGCCUCAGAAAGAGACCGCUUGAUCGACGAUUUCCGUGAAGGCCGCUCCAAGGUCUUAAUCACUACAAAUGUGUUGGCUCGUGGUAUUGAUAUCCCAACUGUGUCCAUGGUGGUCAACUACGAUCUUCCUACAACCUUCCAGGGCAAAGCUGACCCCUCAACCUACAUUCAUCGUAUCGGCAGAACUGGCAGAUUUGGCCGUACGGGUGUUGCCAUCUCGUUCGUUCACGACAAGAAGUCCUUUGAGGUGCUGACCGCAAUCCAGAAGUACUUCGGUGACAUUGAGAUGACGCGUGUUCCCACCGAUGACUGGGAUGAGGUCGAGAAAAUUGUAAAGAAAGUUUUGAAGCAGUAA